GCUAACAUGAGUUUCAUUUGCUUUUCCUCCAGCUGAUAGCAGAACAGUUCUUGAAGCCUUGCAGCCCAUUUUUCAGGAACAGAAGAUGACAGAGACUGUUCAGAAUUUAGGAGAAAAUGGUUACUUAGUCACAUACGUUGCGAAGAGUGGGAGUUUUGCCACUCUGCGAAUGUACACGGACAAGCUGCUGACGUUUGACAUCCAUAGCUAUGAAGUGGAUAACAAAGGACGAGCAGCAAUUGAAACGCUCUGCAACAGACUUGAAGAGAAAAUGAAAGACGUUUUGCGGGGGAAUAUUAAAAGGCUAAAAAGGUUACCCACCAUUGUACGAGGAGGGGCCAUCGAUAGGUACUGGCCAACUGCUGAUGGCAGGUUGGUGGAAUAUGACAUUGAUGAUGUUGUUUAUGAUGAGGAUUCUGCAUAUCAGAACAUCAAGAUUCUCCACUCAAAGCAGUUUGGAAAUAUUCUUAUCCUGAAUGGCGAUAUUAAUUUAGGGGAAAGUGACCUUCCAUACACACGAGCAAUCAUGGGUGAUGGAGUAGAGGACUAUAAAGGGAAAGAAAUUCUUAUCCUUGGAGGAGGAGAUGGUGGAAUCCUUUAUGAGCUGGUCAAGUUAAAACCAAAGAUGGUCACCAUGGUGGAAAUUGACCAGAUGGUAAUUGAUGCAUGUUGUAAACACAUGCGCAAAACCUGUGGAGAUGUCCUGGACAAUCUGAAAGGAGACUGCUAUCAGGUGUUAGUUGAAGAUUGCGUUCCAGUUCUGAAGGCAUACGCUGCAGAAGGAAGGCUGUUUGAUUAUGUUAUUAAUGACUUAACUGCAGUUCCUAUCUCUACAUCUCCAGAAGAAGAAUCAACGUGGGAUUUCCUGCGACUUAUUCUUGACCUUGCUGUGAAGGUUUUGAAACCCACAGGAAAGUAUUUUACACAGGGUAACUGUGCAAACUUGACAGACGCACUAGCGAUGUAUGAACAGCAGCUGAACAAACUCUACUGCCCUGUGGAAUAUUCAAAGAAAGUUGUAUGUGUUCCAUCUUAUGCAGAAUUAUGGGUGUUCUACACAGUGUGGAAAAAAUAGAAUGUACCUUUUCAAAUCAAAAGUUGCAAGUUAUUUUAUGAAAAUAUCAAUAGAGUUGGUAAUUGUAAGGAUGGCAGGGCUAUGUGCUGCAUGAUGCUUUUUAGGCUUGCACCCUGGUGCAGGCUGUUUCUCACUGAAGUAAUGCUGUGUACUUAAAUCAAGUGUCCUGGCCGAGGUGUCUUGCAUUGUGCUGUGAUGCAACUUCUUAUUUCAGGAAAGAUGCGACUUGUAUAUUUUGCAGGGAAUUUUUUUUUUAAAGUGUCUGGUCAUUUGCAUUUUAAAUGGAGGUGCAAGGAGCAAUGGUGACUGCACCGGACCUCCUGAAUGUCACUGUAAAUGUGAAUCUGGAUCUUUUUACUUUUGUGGGUGGGUGGGUAGGCGAAUUCACAAUUUUGUAUUUAGUGGCGAUUUAUUCCAGUUAAUUUUUUUUUUGUUCUGGAUUGUCUUUGCGUAUUUCAGUCUGCGGUAUCAUACUCUUAUGUCAACCAUAGUCAGUUUGGAAAUUAAUUUCUUUUAAUUUAUUGCUGUGUUUUUGGAAUAAACACAACUGUUGAAAUGUGUUCUAUUAUUUCUGCAUAAAGUUAUUACUGUAGCCUUUUGCAGUGGCUAAUGACAAGAAAAUUGUUGAGCACUUCAUGUAUUGAAAAAAAGGGGGAAAUCAUUGUUGGAUUUUGUUCUUUCUCUGUGUGAACAUUUCUUGACUUUUCCAGGCAAGUUGCUAAUAUUAGAACAAUAUUUAUUUAUUCAUUAAUCACAGAACAAGUGUUUUUUUUCCUGCUCAAGGGAACAUUUUUUCAUUUGUAUCAGUGCUGAGAACUGAGCAACCUCUGUCAGUGUUUGUGUUGGUUAAAAUAUGAAUGAGCAACAGGUUACAAUGGCAUCAUCCUAAUCGUAAAUUUGUUUAGAAAAUGCACAAUUGAUGGUUCUGCAGGCAUGGGAAUGAGCGUCUUUGGAAAUGGGUCUAAGCUCCAAGAGAAUAGAAAGUGAUCGGCUUUGACCUCUUAAAUCAAAUAGAGAAAAACAAUAAAAGACAGUAUUGCGUCCGUCCACAGUUAGUUUCGCAUCUGCCAACCGCUCUGGUAAAUCAGAUGCCAACCACCCUGCAUCGUUAAAGUGGAGUCAGAACAAAUAAAUUUGCAGGUCCCACCAAAAGUGGUGUCUCCCGAUUUAGCAGUGAAUGUAGGUCAGAGAUUCACUGUUGUUUUAAGAGUCUUAUCUGUAGCCUGCAUGCUUUUAUGCUCCACAUCUCUCCUGGAGCCUCACUGUACUGUCCCUGCAAAGUAAACAUUGGCUACCAUCCUUUCCACUUGAUAACAGCUUGCAAUGAGAGGUAUCGUUGUGGUUAUUAGCCGAUGUCCUGCUGUUGGUCAGGAUGUAUUCUUUUUCAAUUGCUGUCCCUGCCACCCUCCUGCAGACCAGAACUGACCACUUUUCUUUCACGUGAUAAUUGAGAAGGACAAUGUCAGAAUUACAGAAGGGGGUUUUCCUUUUAAUACAAAUUUCAUGGGGAUUUCAAUGCUACUAGCAAUAGAAUUUUGUACCCCAUUUCUUUUCCCUAAUCUGUAUAAUUUGUCAGCUACUGUCCUAGUUCCCUAAUAGUCAAGUCUUGGAAAAAGUAGCAUCAGGUGAGAAAGGUUGGUAAUGACAGUAAUUUUGAUGUUUGUGAAAUCUUUCUGCGUGUCAGCUACAACUACAAUUGGCAACUACAAACACACAAGUGUUGCGAUUUUAAAAUAAUGAACCUUUGCACUGAAUGCUGCUCCUGCUGUGUAGAACUGUGAACAAGUGCAACAGCACAAGAGUUUAUAAUGGAAUUAUCAAUGGCAGUUUAGUUCUGUAAGAUGCACAUGAGUGCAGUAAACCUGAAAAUAAAGGUCUCCACAAAA